AGUAGAGCAUUGAUGACCUGACCUUGGUUACUAAUACAUAAGCUAAUAUAACCGGCGAUGCGUUCGGUCAAUGUGUGAAUGUUGAAAUAGUCGCUUGAGGAUGUACUUACUGCAUUUAACUUAACAUUCUAAAACAACAGGAUUUUCAUUGUGCAUGUGUUUAGCAGGAAAGAAGGCCAACUGAGCGUGCAAUUUUACAUUUAGGAAGUAGUGUAUUAGUUCACGCCCAGACGAUUACCAAGUGAUAAGGUGCUACUUUACAACAAUAUGAUGUCCGAAAGUCAAACAAAGAACAGUUCUGGCGAUCAGAAACAAAAUCAGUCUCUGCUGACGGUUCUUAACAAAUUUGUCCAAGCAGUGAAUAUCAUGGACGAAACGGUGAUGAUUCCUAGCCGGUUGAAAGACAUGGAAAUUGGAUGUAUGACAGAAAAUCCAGAGAUCUUGGAGGAAAAUAAUAAUAUGGCACUCAUAAAUACCAUGAGGCCAGAAACAGACUUGUACAGUUUCUUCAAGUUAUUGAAUACCAUUAAAAAGGAAAUUAUCAGUGGAAAUUCUGGAGAAGAGGAAAAAAGUGUGACGUCAUCGGAUUCCGAAGAUGAUACUGCAAAUGAUUCUUCUAAGAAGACCGCGGAUCUGUUCCGUCAUCAUUUACAGGGACUGUUCACCGUCAUGAAUCAGCUGACGGACACGGCAAAAGUGCUGACGGACAAAUAUGAGUCCGAAUUUCUAGGGGAUGGUCCCAGUAGAUCUAUAACAUCUUUUGCAAUUUGAUGAAGUACAUUGUUGACCGUUGGGUCAUUGAUAUGCAAUGAGUGUGACUCUGCUCAAAUUCUAUUGGUGCACGACUUGUGUUCAUUGUACGAUGGGAUGGGUCUUUGUGGUUAUAUUUUUAGGAUUGCAUCACUCGUCCAAGUACCGUGAAGUGUGAAGAAAACAACCUAAAUUUAUGUGCAUAUAUUUUCUUAUUUAUUUCAUUAUCUCAUCAUAUACCUUUGCAAACAUGAUAAUUUUGCAAAAUACACAUGUGUUUUCGACCUUUCGUUAAUUUACUUUUAAGUGAAUAAACUAUAAAUUAGUAAA